AUGAGCGAACCAAAGGGAAAAGGCGGAUGCAAGUCCGGUUGCUGUUCCCCUCCUCAACCUAAACUUGAACCCGAACCUGAACCUGAAAUCCAGAAGGAGGACGACUGCUGCAAUUCGGGUUGCUGCGCCAGUGACAAAGCCUCAGAGGUUGUUGAAGAGGACGACUGCUGCAAGCCACCUGUCGAGGACGGCGGCUGUCAAUCCGACGACGAUUGUUGCAAGCCCGCCAAGCCAAUUGAAAACUCAGGAUGCAAGGAUGCAUGCUGCAAGCCUAAGGAAAAGCCGAGCGCCGUCGAUACCUGUUGUCAACCAGCAAGCUCAAUCACAGCCCCCGCUUGCUCAGGUGGAUGCUGCGGACCCAAGAACGAGAAAGAUGACAAGGACAGUUGCUGCGAACCUGCGGAGUCCAUCGUCGACGAUUGUUGCAAGGAUAGUUGCUGUGACACCAAGGAAGAAGUCAAAGAUGAUUGCUGUAGCCCGUCGAAGGAGGUUCCACGCGAUGAUGAUAGCUGCAAAGAUGCAUGCUGCUCUUCUGUAAAGCCUGACGAGAUUGAGCCAUCUUGUUGCGAGGGUAAACAGAAGCCAUGCUGUGAUUCAACUUGCAUUGACCGACUCGUGCUCCGAGAGACUGCUUUCGAAAAGCAAGACGAUGAUUCAACGAUCAACUCUGACCAGGGUCCGUCAUCGUCCAAGGCCAAGUCCAUCCGCGAGAGAUAUGAGACUAGACUUGCUGCCUUAGGAUGCCUGUGCCGAGCGCUUGUCGCUUUAGGUCAGGAGUCAUGCUGUGCAACUUCUGAACUUUCCUCAGAGGAAAGGAAGCGUGGGCCCAAGAGAAGUGUCCGACGACGAUCUCAGGAGAAAAUUGCCUCGGCCUGCAGCUCGAAACCGGCUGGUUGCUGUUCAAAGCCACCGGAGCGAAAGCCUUCGCCUUCUGGCUCCCAACGUAGCAAGUCCUGUAAGAAGGGUUGUUGUGGUGGAACAAAGGAGAGUUCCAGUAUCACACCCGUAGAAAGUGACUGUUGCUCUGGAGGCCCAGUCGCUAUGAGAAAUAAUUGUCAGCAAAACGUGGAUAUUGCAGUCGACAAGAAAGGAAACGAAGAAAUUAGAAUCACCAGUCUCGAGAAAGGCCUUUCUGGUUCCGAGAAUGUCGUACUCGGCAUUUCGGGCAUGACUUGCACGGGCUGCGAGACCAAACUUCGGCGAACAUUGAGCGAAGUUAAGGCUUUGAAUAACCUCAAGACAAGCUUGGUCAUGGCUAGGGUUCAGUUUCAGCUAGACCUUAGUCUGGCUACACCGGAAGAUGUCAUGAAGCACAUUGAAAGAACAACUGAGUUCAAGUGCGAGAGAAUUGUAACCCAUGGGUCGACACUUGACGUUAUCCCUCAUGGGGGCGCUAAAGAAUUCGUCCAGCAGUCUUUGCCUCUGGGAGUAGAAAACAUGGAUAUUAUCGAUGAUCAAACUGUCCGCAUCACUUUCGACCCGGAAGUCAUUGGGGCUCAGGACCUUAUCAAUAACGGGUUUGGAGCUCCUCCAAGUCUUGCACCUCCACAGGUUGACCCAUCUCUUGCUGCAGGAAGCAAACAUGUAAGACACAUGGGCUGGAUGACCUUGCUCUCGGCAGUUCUAACCGUGCCUGUUCUGGUGCUUGCUUGGGCUCCAUUGAAAGAGCGUCCAGUCAUAUACGGCAGCGUGUCUCUAGCCUUGGCCACAAUCGUUCAAGUCGUUAUUGCAGGUCCAUUUUACCCCAAGGCUUUGAAGAGCUUAGUGUUUUCUAGGGUCGUUGAGAUGGACCUGCUUAUUGUCUUGAGUACCACUGCGGCAUACGUGUUUUCGGUAGUUUCGUUCGGUUAUCAAGUAAGCGGUCGACCUCUUUCGACAGGUAAUUUCUUUGAAACGAGUACCUUGUUGGUCACUUUGAUCAUGGUUGGCCGGUGGGUCAGUGCCCUUGCUCGCCAGAAGGCCGUGGAAUCUAUCUCCAUCCGUACUCUACAAGCAUCUACGGCCACUUUGGUGUCCAGUGACGGUACCGAGACCGAUAUUGAUACUAGGCUGCUCCAGUAUGGCGACGUUUUCAAAGUUGCUCCUCAUGCACAGGUUCCCACAGAUGGUGUCAUACUUUCUGGGAUAACAGAAACAGACGAAUCUAUGUUGACAGGUGAAUCGCGCCCGGUGGAGAAAAGACGAGGCAGCACCAUCAUUGCUGGAUCUCUUAAUGGCUCCGGUACUAUCACCGCGCGCCUCACCAAGUUACCUGGGGAGAAUACCAUUAGUACCAUCGCGGGAAUGGUCGAUGAUGCUAAACUCUCUAAGCCUAAGAUCCAAGACCUUGCUGACCGGGUCGCAUCAUAUUUCGUCCCGGUUAUCAUCUCCCUGACUCUCAUCGUAUUUGUUGCCUGGGUAGGCGUGGGAAUUCGCAACCAGGGAAAAUCAGCGAAUGAUGCUGUCGUACAGGCGAUAACAUACGCAAUCACCGUUCUUAUAGUCUCCUGUCCGUGCGCUAUAGGGUUAGCGGUUCCUAUGGUUAUUGUAAUUGCCUGUGGCGUUGCAGCAGAGAAAGGUUUGAUCUUUAAGACGAGCGAGGCCGUGGAAGUAGCCCACAAAACUACACAUAUCGUGUUUGACAAGACUGGCACGCUAACGCACGGAAAGCUCUUUGCGGCCACUGAAGAGUAUCCGUUAGAAACUCGACAAGUUGUAGCUCCGAAAAUUUUAGGUCUAUUGGCUAGUAUUAACCACCCUGUAGCUUCUGCCGUUGCAGCUCACUUGAAGAACCAGGGUAUUCAUGCUGGUAAAGUGGACGAUAUUCAGUCUCUGCCAGGUAAAGGGGUCCAAGGAAAGAUUGAUGGAGUUUCCAUUCAAGCCGGCAAUCCUCACUGGCUUGACCUUGAGUCCCACCCUCUUGUACAAGACACACGCUCGAAAGACUUCAGUACUUUCUGCGUCACGAUCAAUUCAGAACUCCAAGCCGUCUUCGGGUUAACCGACACCAUCCGCCCGGACGUACUCCUAACUAUUUCGGAGCUGCAGAAGCGAAACAUCGCCGUCUCAAUACUAAGCGGUGAUGAUGACAGGACCGUCGAAACCGUAGCUGCUAGCCUGGGGAUUCCCAAGGAGAACGCAAUUUCGAGAUGCUCGCCCGCCGACAAGCAAGCCUACAUCCAGAAACUCCUAGGAACGGGUAGCAAGGAUAGCUGCGACAACGACAAGAAAAAGCAGAAGCAGCCCGUAGUCGUCUUCGUAGGCGACGGCACCAACGACGCCGUGGCCCUGGCCCAAGCCACGAUCGGCGUCCACGUCAACUCGGGCGUCUCGGACGUGGCGCAGUCCGCCGCCGACGUCGUGCUCAUGCGCGCCGACCUCGCGGGCGUGCUGGCCAUGAUCGACGUCUCGCGCGCCGCCGUCCGCCGCGUCGCGUUCAAUUUUGGUUGGAGCGCCGUGUAUAACGUGUUCGCGAUCCUGCUGGCCGCCGGCGCGUUCGCGAACGCCGGGAAGGGUAAAGAGGAGGGCGACGUGAGGAUCCCGCCUGAGUUUGCCGGGCUCGGCGAGCUGGUUAGCGUGUUGCCUGUUAUUGUUGUUGCUGUUAGUCUAAGGUGGGCUAGGGUUUAG